UCAAAACAGACCCACGGACUUACACCUAAGUGGAAGAUUGGCUCGACAAGGAGGAUUAUAUCUUUCGGUGACUAUUGCAGAUGGUGUCCAUCGCUCUCUGUAGUGAAAUGGAGACAGAGCCAUGUUGUGAGGAGCAUAAAGACCCCGCAGUGGAGCCCACAGAGCCUGAGGUAAGAGAGGCCAUUUCUGAGAUCCCUGACAAGAGCAGCCACAGCGAGCUGCCCUGUGGGCCUGCAGAGGGAGGAGAGGGGCUGCGAAGGAAAGAGCAGGCUGAAACAGAGAGCUGUACGGAGCCGAGUGAAAGCACUGAGAUAAAAAGCACCUGUGACGGUGGAGAGCCAGAAUGCAAAGAAAAGAGGAAACUGAAAAAAACAAACAGCUGGAAGAUGGUAAGAUUUCAAGACCCAUCAGAAGAGGACGAUGUUUUGGAGAAUGACACCUCGGCAGAGAGUCUCUUUCCAGGCUAUGCCAUUGAGGAGUGGACUUCCUCGACCUUUGAGAAGCUGUUCAUGGCAGAGAACUGGCAGGACAUCACAGAGGACCGGCUGUUGAGGAAGAAGGUUCUGGAGCCUGUGGCCCUGCUCGCCCCGUGCCCCACCUGGGGCCAGGAGGUUGCUGUGAAGAUGCAGUGUGUCGUGGAGGACCGCACUGUGGUGGAGAAAGACCGCAAUCUCGUUUUUGUUAUCGGCGAGGGAGAUGUAAACCAGGCCCUGGAGGAGUGCGUCAUGUCCAUGCAGAGGGGUGAGAUCACAUUGCUGCUGGCAGAUUCACUGUAUGCCUAUGGACUGUUGGGAAGAGAGCCGGAUAUUCCAUCCUGGGCUCCGUUACUCUAUCAGCUUCAGCUGCUGGACAUAAGAGAGAAACCAGACCCAUUUACUCUGCCCGUUGCCGACCGCAUCCGCAACGGCAACCAGAAACGAGAGCGAGGAAAUUUUCAUUUCCAGAGAGAGGAAUACUGCAUGGCCGCCCGGGCCUAUUGUAUGGCUCUGGAUGUGCUAACCACAUGCAGCCGAGACGGCCCGGAUAGCGGCGUAGCGACAGAGGAGGAGGAGGUGCGAGACUACCGGGUGAAGUGUUUGAACAACCUGGCCACCGCUCAGCUCAAACUGGAGCAGUACGAGCAGGCGCUGCACACCACCCGGGACGUUCUGACCCUUGAGCCAAACAACGUCAAGGCCCUCUACAGGAUGGGAAAGGUCCUGUCAGACAAUGGUGAAUACAAAGAGGCGAUGGAGAUGCUUAAAAAGGCCUUGAAACUGGAGCCGGCCACCAAGGCGAUUCACUUGGAGUUAUCUAAACUCGUCAAAAGACAAUCAGGAGGGAAAGAUACUCAGGAGUGGAAUCCCAAACCUGCAGACAUGCUUGGAGAAAAUAUCGCACCUUUUCUGAUUCCCUCUAAGAAGGAACCAUCUGGAAUUUCCUGGAAGUUUAUCCUCGGAGCUCUGGUGGUGGCCUUGGGGAGCUUAGUGACGUCAGUGAUUCUAACUGCAAGACACUGAAAACAUAGCACUUUGAAAAUCUUCAUCACCACCACCCCCAUCAUCAUCAUCUGAGGGGAA